AUGGAUUCCGAUAUUGACACCCCGAGAUCACCUAGACUGUCGUCACGAGCACGACGGAUGCAGAGUCGCGAGCGGCAGACGCUGAAAGUCAGCGACGGUGAAUCUACCACAGAGGACGCUGUGGACUGCGACAGCCGAGCUUUUAAUCAGUUACCAGCAUCGUUCGGUUGUAAAAUUAACAUUAAUUUAGAUAACGUGAUGAUGUCAUCCUUAAAGGCAGGUCUUUUGGAAUUCAACCCCACAACCAUUGAAGAGGUCAGAAAAGAGUACGAUUUGGAUAAACCGGGAAUGAUGGAACAGUCUAUUGAUAUUCUGCACGAGUGGAUACAAAAACAGGAGCAUUUCGUAAAAAAGGACUUUUGUAGAGAGUAUUUAGAACGUGUCAUCAUUUCCACGAAGGGCUCAUUGGAGCGCGCUAAAGCAAGAGUGGACAAAAUGUGCACAUUGCGUACUCGUGUGCCGGAAUUGUUCUCGAAAACCAAUGUUAAACAAGAUUUCUCACGCCUCUCUCAGUCGUACAUUAAUGUCUACAUGCCAAAACUCACUGAAGACAACUACAGAGUUUACGUUGUACAAAUGAAAAGUAACAUCACUACGGCUAUUCUGUUAGACACUUUUAGACAUAAUAUGAUCCUGGCAGAGUAUUUAAAACGAAAGGACUAUGCCAAUGGUAUCAUUUGUGUCGUAGAUGUCAGAGAAAACAACAUUUUGGAUUUAGUCGCUCAAUUUAACAUUGUGGAUUUGAGUAAUGUGUCUGUUAUGUAUACGGAGGGCUUUGGGUUUAGAGUGAAGAAGGUGUUAAUCUUAUCAUCUUCCAAAGUUAUCGACUUAUUUGCUGCACUACUGAAGCGAGUGGUUAGUGCCAAAAUCGGAGAACGGAUUGAAGCGAUCAACACUGUGGAAGAUCUACAUAAACAUCUGCCUACGGAACUGCUACCAGAAGAUUAUGGAGGCCAGCAAAAAUCUUUAAUUGAUCUUUAUGACCAGUGGACUGAAGAGCUAGCGUCCGAUGAGAACAUAGAAUACGUGAAAGAGAUGACUCAAGCUCGUGUAAUUGAAGAAUUUCGACGGUCUGACGGAUACGGUGACGAGUAUCUUGGGAUACCCGGAUCAUUUAAAACUCUCAAUGUUGACUAGAUUAGACUAGACUUUUAACAAAACACACAUCGACAGAAACUGUUUAAUGAUCGUGAAAGUUAAAUACCAGCCAUUAAUUUAUAUUUAUAUGACAUUUCAAACUAUUUUUAACCGACUUCCAAAUCUCAAAGAAGGAGGUUAUCAAUUCGGUUGUAUGUUUUUUUUUUAAUGAGAUAAGUCAGUUUUCUUCUGUAAGAGAUUAUUGAGUCUACCUUCCGCUCUCCGUCCAGCAACAUUCAUCCCUAACAUAUAUAUAUCGUUGCCUGAGUACCCACAACACAAGCCUUCUUGAGCUUACUGUGGGACUUAGUCAAUUUGUGUAAGAAUGUCCUAUAAUAUUUAUUAUUA